AUGGAGGCCGCAAAUUCAAUCCGCUUCCGCAAUGCGCUGGUCUUCCUACGACACCAGUUGCGAAGCACAUACGCCUACCGUCCAAGGCACCAGCAACAAUGCAGGACCAACGUCAAUACCUCAGACUCGCCGGUCAGGAAGAACUUCUCAAAGGACGUCAUGGCGAAGUUUAUCAACCAAGGCAUUGGUGAUAUGAAGAAUAUAACCCAGCCGACAUCGGGGUUACUCGAGACUUUGGAGGAAAGAGGGUUUGUGGGCCAGUUUCAUGGUAAUCGUAAUGAAUUCAUCAAACUCACAAAUGGCGAGGUAAUCCACAUCUACGCCGGAGCCGACGCCACCGCCUCAUCAUUGCACAUAGGCCAUCUAAUGGUCCUAAUGCCCAUGAUCCACUGCAUGCUUCACGGUCACCGUAUCUCCCUAUUAGUAGGUAUCGCCACCGCCCGUAUCGGCGACCCAUCCGGUCGUCUCACGGAGCGAACAGGCAUGAAAGACCGUCAAUUAGGCGAACGUACUUUCCGCUUCGGAACAGACAUAACCCAACAACUCUCCUCAUUACUCAAAUCCGCCGUAAACUACGCUCGGGAACGUGGGUACGAAGAAAAAAGUAUAGGAAGAAGACAUAUUACUUCAAAUCUUCAAUGGCAUAGGAACGUCAGUAUUAUAGAUUUCAUGCAGAUCGUGGGACAUAGGUCACGUAUUGGAGAGAUGAUGUUGAGGAAAUCGGUGUCUGAGAGGUUGAAAUCCGAAGACGGUCUUUCGUUCUCUGAGUUCUCGUAUCAAUUGAUUCAAGCUAUGGAUUACUGGCAUUUAUUCUCAAACCUCGGUGUUCGUCUACAAAUUGGUGGUUCGGAUCAAUGGGGUAACAUCACCGCCGGUUGCGAUCUAAUCAACAGAAUGGUCAACGAAGCUGCAUGGGUAGACGAACAGCCAACUCCCUCACUUAUCAAAAACAUGGCGAAACCCUACGGCUUAACCGUUCCGUUACUCACAACCAGCUCUGGCGAGAAAUUCUCAAAAAGUACGGGAGCGGGUAAUAUCUGGAUUUCGGCCAAUAAAACCCCUCCGUUCAGUUUAUACCAAUUCCUCUUGAACCGUCCAGACGAUAUCAUGGAACAGUGGUUAAAAUACUUCACUCUCCUCCCAAUAAACACAAUCAACGAAAUCAUGGUAGAACAAAAGGAACAUCCUGAACGAAGACCCGCACAGAAGAAGCUUGCCUACGAAGUCAUAGCUCUAAUCCACGGUAUCCCCGUCGCAGAUAAAUGUGUUCAAAAUACAGCCAUAUUCUUUGGACAAACCGAUGAAGUAAAUGGCUUAGAGAAGCGGGAGGAAAAGCUGAAACAAGGCCUAACAAAGUCCGAUAUCGAGGGCAUCAGCGCAAGGCACUUUUGGGAACCUGUCCUCGCAAGCGAUUUCAUUGGAAUGCCAUUAGAGAAAGCACUAGUAGCCAGUGGAGCCGCACCAAGUAACUCCCAGGCUAGAACUCUCUUAAAAAGUGGAGCUGUGUCUAUAGGUCCACACCUGCGACAAGUCAAACUAGCGGACGAGAGGAUAAUUCUAUCCCCAGAAGACCUAAUCAGUGAAAAUAUCUUGCUGAUAAAAGUCGGAAAGAACAAACUCUACGUAAUGAGGCUGGAGGAUGAAACCACCCUUGAACAAGCGAUAGCAGAGAAGCAGGACCCGGAUGGAGCGGCUCUAAAAACCAAGAAGAAAGUCGAACCGGUAACACGUCUACAACGAAGGAGAUUGGCUAGGAAUGAGAAGAGGGCGUCUACUACAGCGAGGAAGACGAGAAGGGAGGAAUCAGUUAGAACAUUCAAAAUCUUCGAACAUGAGAAACGAGUUGCAAAGGACCAGCCCAUGGGUAGACAAGAGUUUGAUGAUUUGGUUGAGAAGACGCUCGAUCGAAAGGAAAAGAGGACAUGGGCAAGCAUGACUCCAGGUGGGCUUGAAUUCAAGGGGAUGCGGACGAAUAAAAAGCCGGACGAGCAAGAUUAA